GCACUGGAAGAGACAAAGGAGCGGGGAAGACGGGCGGGAUUUACUUGAGCAGAAAUCCUGGGCUGUGCAAGAGAAUGGAGGGGCAGGAUUUGGGUUAUGAAACUCCGGAGCAGCGCGAACGCAGCCCGGUGCAAACGCCUGUACUGCGCUUCAGCAAACUGCUUUCUUUAAGGUGGUUUUUGUGAUCCUGUUGCUAGGAUUAAGCCUUUUGCAUUGCAGCAUGGAGAGUCUUUUGUUUGAGUUAAAUUCAGACCUCUUGAUGUGUCACCUGACAGUCUUGUGGUUUUGGAUGAAUAUGGCUCAUUGCUAUUAUUAACCUGAGUUGGCAGCCGGGCACAACAGGAGUUUACAGGGAUUCUGAAAAGUGGAACCGCUCGGGGGACAAAGAUGCUUCCCAGCUGGCCUUUGCCGGAGUUUGACCCGAGUCAGAUCCGACUGAUUGUCUAUCAGGACUGCGAAAGAAGAGGACGGAAUGUCUUAUUCGACUCCAGUGCUAAAAGAAGAAUAGACGAUAUUUCGGUGUCGAAACUCUGCAGCGAUGCUCAGGUGAGAGUUUUCGGGAAAUGUUGCCAAUUGAAGCCUGGAGGAGACAGCUCUUCUUCCUUGGACAGUUCAAUCAAUUCAUCCUCCUCAUUCUCUGAUCCAAAAGAACAAUGCCCCAAAUACCAGGGUUCUCGGUGCUCCUCAGAUGCUAACAUGCUUGGAGAGAUGAUGUUUGGCUCUGUGGCCAUGAGCUACAAGGGCUCCACGUUGAAAAUUCAUCAGAUCCGCUCACCUCCUCAGCUCAUGCUCAGCAAGGUUUUCACCGCUCGCACUGGAAGCAGUAUCUACGGAAGCCUGAAUACGUUGCAGGACAGUCUUGAGUUCAUCAAUCAAGACAGCAAUACGUUAAAGCCUGACCACAGUACAAUUAUGAAUGGACUUCUUGGGAAUAUAGGUCUUUCGCAGCUUUGCAGCCCUAGGCGGGCAUUCUCAGAGCAAGGUCCGCUCCGCCUGAUCCGGAGCGCCUCUUUCUUUGCAGUUCAUAGCAACCCUAUGGAUAUGCCUGGGAGGGAGCAGAAUGAGGACAGAGACAGUGGGAUAGCAAGAUCUGCAUCUCUUAGCAGUCUGCUCAUCACUCCGUUUCCAUCUCCGGGCUCUUCAUUUAACAAAAGCUGUGCUAGCAGUUACCAGCGGCGUUGGCGUCGCAGCCAGACUACCAGCUUGGAGAACGGGGUCUUCCCUCGAUGGUCCAUGGAUGAAAGCUUUAACUUGUCAGAUGACAGCUCUGGUCCCAGCCCAGGAAUUGUUAGGAAGAAGAAGAUAGCAAUUGGAGUUAUUUUUUCACUCUCAAGAGAUGAAGAUGAAAACAACAAAUUUAAUGAGUUCUUCUUCUCACACUUUCCUCUUUUUGAGAGUCACAUGAACAAACUGAAGAGUGCAAUAGAACAGGCUAUGAAAAUGAGUCGCAGAUCAGCUGAUGCCAGUCAGCGGAGUUUGGCAUAUAACAGAAUUGUUGAUGCCCUGAAUGAAUUCAGAACGACUAUUUGCAAUCUCUACACGAUGCCACGGAUUGGGGAGCCCGUCUGGCUUACGAUGAUGUCGGGGACACCUGAAAAGAACCAGCUGUGCCAUCGCUUCAUGAAGGAGUUCACUUUCUUGAUGGAAAACGCCUCUAAGAACCAGUUUUUACCAGCUUUGCUGACUGCAGUCCUGACAAACCACUUGGCGUGGGUCCCCACCGUCAUGCCGAACGGCCAGCCGCCUAUAAGAAUCUUCCUGGAAAAGCAUUCUUCCCAGAGCGUGGACAUGCUGGCCAAAACUCAUCCCUACAACCCACUGUGGGCACAGCUCGGUGACCUAUAUGGAGCUAUUGGAUCACCUGUGAGAUUGGCAAAAACAGUUGUCGUUGGCAAAAGGCAUGACCUGGUACAGAGAUUGCUUUAUUUCCUUACUUACUUCAUCAGAUGCUCUGAACUUCAAGAAACUCAUCUUCUUGAAAAUGGGGAAGAUGAGGCCAUUGUCAUGCCUGGAACUGUUAUCACUACCACACUGGAGAAAGGAGAAGUAGAAGAAUCCGAGUAUGUGCUUGUCACGAUGCACAAGAACAGGGGCAACUUGCUACCAACGGAGUCUGAGGAGAUGAGAACUCCUAACUGCAGCUGUAAAUACUGCAAAUGUCCCAUCUCCCUUGCACAGAACAUAGAAGGUGUUUCACAGCAAGAGAGAGAAGAUGCUCAAAACACUCCUAAGGUAGAGCUGGAAACCUCUUCAGAUGAGAACAGAACUAUUGUUCCUGAUGAUUGCCAGGAAGAUGCUGUUGAUGUUAAGCAACCGCGACCCUGCCUGGACACAAAACUAGAGACUGUGGUGUGCGCAGGGUCAUCUUCACCAGAGAAACGCGUAGUGUCGGAAUCUGGUUUGGAGCCAACAGCAAACACGUGGAGGAACGAAGACUCGCUGGAAUUGGGCAACCAGGCAGUCGCUAUAACAAGGUCACCCGGUAUCGCUGUGGAAAAGAAGCCGCCGGAUAAGCUCUUCUGCGACGCGUUUCCUUGCAGUGCUACUGAAGCUCAGACAAAGGUGACUUUCCUCAUUGGAGAUUCCAUGUCACCUGAUUCAGACAUCGAACUCAGAAGUCAGGCAGUGGUGGAACAAAUUGCCAGGCAUCACAGCCCGCCAGCAACGGAGGAAGGAGCGUCUGCUGAUCAGAACUGUGACGCUAAACAAACUGUUGAGGACCAAAAUAGAGACUGUGGGACAGCUGAACCCUUUCCUCAAGUUGCGAGUGAGCAUCAGAGCUGGAAUCCAAACCCAUACAAUGCUGAGAGCAUGAGCCUGUUCGAUGAAUAUUUUACUGAUGACAGUUCAAUUGAAACUCGGACUAUUGAUGAUAUUCCAGGGCAAGCAGCUCCAGACCUUGCUCACAGCAGUAGUUUAGAGUUUUCUAACAAGCUGUGUACAAAGCCCAACAAACCACCUAGUGAAUUUUGUAAGUUCAUGGACUCUGUUCGACAAGAGACCUACAAAAACUGCUUUAAUGAGCAGGACCAAAGAGAGAAAAUCUCCAUUCGUGUCCCCCAUGGGGACAGAGAAAAUGUAGAGAAAAAAGUUGCCCCGGGAAUUGAUUGGGACAUUCCAAGAAAUGAGAGCUCAGACAGUGCCCUGGGUGACAGUGAAAGUGAGGAUACAGGUCAUGAUCUAACUCAACCAAGUGGUAACUACUACAGAGGAGAGCAAGAAGACUGGGCGGAAGAAUAUGAGAUUCCUUUCCCUGGGUCAAAAUUAGUUGAAGUAAACUCUGUCCAGCCCAGUAUUGCCAAUUUUGGAAGAUCCUUACUAGGUGGCUACUGUUCGUCUUACGUCCCUGACUUUGUUUUGCAAGGAAUAGGAAGUGAUGAAAAGCUGAGGCACUGUUUGAUGUCAGAUUUGUCUCACGCUGUGCAGCAUCCUGUUCUGGAUGAGCCGAUUGCAGAAGCCGUCUGCAUUAUUGCAGACACGGACAAAUGGACGGUGCAAGUGGCCAGUAGCCAGAGAAGGGUGAUUGAUAAUAAGCUGGGAAAAGAAGUGUUAGUCUCCAGUCUCAUCUCCAACCUGCUCCAUUCCACUCUUCAGCUUUACAAGCAUAAUUUAUCUCCAAACUUUUGUGUUAUGCACCUGGAAGAUCGGCUGCAGGAGCUGUACUUCAAAAGCAAGAUGCUGUCCGAGUAUCUCAAGGGCCAGAUGAGAGUUCACGUCAGGGAGCUGGGCGUGGUGCUGGGGAUUGAAUCCAGCGAUCUCCCUUUGCUGGCAGCUGUAGCAAGCACUCACUCUCCGUACGUUGCCCAGAUUCUACUUUAAAAUGCCAGAGGCCACAGACAUUGACUUUUUAUCCCCCUCUGGAAACAAAGUGGAAGAAGACUUGUUCUGGCUCCUUUCUCUUUGGAGCAACUACAACAAACUGCUUGUUGAGCUGCAGCUCCUCAGUAUCUGACUGCCCCUUAUGGAAACAGUCGGAGACUUUUCCUCUCCCACUUGGUCAUUUAUAAAGAAAGGAAAAAAGAAAAAAGAGUAAGCCCAUAUUUCAACCACAAAAAAAGCAAAGAUUUUAGGGAAAAGCUGAAGAUCUGCAUUUUUUACCCAUUUCUGCCACAGAGGCUGACUGUAAUUUAUAGUGGGGAGCGUGAGGAGGAACUGCUUCGAGAACUAUGGGAUGCUGUCACCUAUUAUAAACAUAACAGGAAAAUGCAGCGGUGUGUUCAGACUGCCUUCUGCUGAUGAGGAUCUCGUUCCGAUCUGCAAUUCUCAAGCUGCAAUGAUUUGUAAACAACUUCUACUUUUUCGUGUCGUAGUGAGAUUCUGGAUUCUUCCAGAACAGGGACUUGGGAGGUCGGGUUGUAAAAAGCUCAUUAAUGACACUCAGCUCCAAAAUUUAUUUAUGAUCUUUCUCCUGGAGAGAGGGAAUAGCGGGAGGCGGAAGGGGAGACAGGGAGGAGGAGGCCAGCAGACGAACCUUGGCCGGAGGUUGUAACCAGUAUUAAAUGUUUAUAAUGUUUAACCGUUGCUUUAUACUAAGUGAUGCUUUUCUUCCACAACAUAAUCAAAAUGUUAAAGCUCCCACACCUAAAGAGAAUGUUGGCAGAAGGUUCCCUGUGGGUCCCUGGAACGAUCUGACUAUUACCUCUAACUUUUUUCUGAUCUGUGAUGGUCUGGCAGCACCGUGUUCUUUUGACAGCAGUCAGUCAGCCAUGGGAAUAACGAACUAACCUCAUCGUACCAAAGCGUUGGGGAAAAACCGAUCAGACUCUGACCCUUGAUUGCUCAGGUAAUGGAUUGAUAUAUUUUUUAAAACCAUUCUACAAAAAAUGAACAUUGAUUACUCCAGAGUAUAGAAAUACCAGAACUAUUUUUGACAGACAGACCCUUGAUGCAGAUGACUCUGAUCCCUUUUCUACUCACACGUGUAGUUACCAGCAGCAACUGCUGUUUGUUUUAUUCUCGGUGUCUCUCCUCGGCUCGGCCAUUGCAGUUUUGUCGUUGUACGUACAGCAGCAGCACAAAAGAUGGACCCGACUGGUGUAAGCGAUGUAAAUAUGCAGUGGGAGGUGGGUUGUGUUUGAAAAGGCUCUACUACCUCAGUUUAACUGGACACUUCAUUAUAGGCUUUUCUUUGCGUGUUUGUCCUAGCAGCCAAUUAAUGUUGCUGAGUUUUAGGUCCUGUUUCCAUGGGUUACGCUCGGUGUACGGCCUGUCUGCAGAAGCAGGAGACGCACGUUCACUCGGUCGCUGAGCUCUAUAAACAGUUCUAUAAAUACGCCGUUCUGUAAUCAUCUUUUCAAUAGUGCAGCACGCCUGCUAUUGUUGUUUGCAGAGUGAUUUUUAAUACGAAUCUAUUUUAACUGUUUGAUAAACUUGAAAACAAUAGGAGAGAUCCUUGCCCCACCACAGUCGGUGACAAAACUCUCCUCCCUUCCUUUGCUGGGGCCAGGAUUUCACCCAGGGCGUAUUUAAAACCUGUAACUUCAGAGGGUGUUGCAGUGCGGAUCGACAGGGCAGACCCACACCUCUUCCCAUGCGGGACUGAGUCUUCUUUAGAAAGGGAACCAAACGUUAAUGUAGGCGGUGUCAUUGGAAACUCGUUUAUGAAAUCUAACACUGGCUGCUGUGGGGAAGGAACUGGUGUUUCAUCUCUGAGCUAAGGGUAUGUUUCUCCCCUCUUCUUCCAAAGUCCUUCCUUCGCCACACACUUAGGUUACAUCUGGCUUUUGGAAGGAGCGCAAACCGUAGGGGCCCAGUUGUGUAAACACAUUUUUAAUGAAAUAUAGGAUUGAGCUCAGAAUAUGAAUUUUUAACUCUUUGAUAUGUUAUGUAGCCACUCGUCACGAUUCCGAACGUUGUACGUAGAUUUGCAGUUGUAGCCCGGUGAUGUUAGCGUUGCUGGGUGCUGGCCUUGCGGUUCCUGCUUGAGGAACCCGAGGGUGCGCUCCUGCCCUCACCUCCGCGGAGGUUCCCUACGUGCCCAGGGAGCUGGGGAGCCCCGCACUGUCAUCCUGGCACCUUCCAGCACUGUGCUCGUAACGCGUCCCUGCAGGAAAACACGCUGUUCUCCUCCAUUUAACCAUGAUUAGAUGACUUGUGGGUAUUGCUUGGAACUGGAUUUGACUCUUGAGAAAGGCCCUUGUGUAGCUUGAAAUGUGUGUUAACUGGAGCAGGAGAAGAAGGUGGUGGUGCCCUUCUCUGCUGUCUUCUGCCAGACAGCACUCGGGAGCAUCGCUGUAAUGGUGUGAUGGGUCAGGCCCGGGUGAAGCGGCUACAGAGGCGGCUCCAUCGCCACCCGGUGCUGGUCUGGCAGAGCCCAGCGAGCUGUGGGCGCGGGCACCCUUUCCAGCAGCAUUUAUUGCCGGGGCGCCCUGGGGCCCACGAUGGGCUGCUGCUCUGUAAGCUCCCUGCCAGGGCCCUGACCCCUGUGCCACGGUGUCUGGCUGUUCAAUAGCACAAAAAGGGAUCUUUUACAUCAACUAUAGCAUUGACUUCUAAACAGCAUCGUGAUUUGGUUUAUGUGGAUACAAAACUAAUGUUUGGUUUCUGUUCUCCACUGUUACUGGUCUCCAUUAACGUGUCUUAAUUUUCUGGCUGCAAACGAAGUGUACUAGGUACGCAAAUUAGCAAAUGAGGUUUUGUUGCAAUUGGCAAAGACUGGGCUGCUAAGAACAAAAAAUACUUAAAAGGAUUUUACACCUUGCCUAUGUUUUCCCUAUUAGUUAUUGCAGCUGUUUUAUGACAAUUUUUUGCUUUCUCUAAAUUAUUUAGACGGUGGUACUUGUAAAAUGCUGGGUAAAAUGUACAUACUUGUUCUCUCUUCUGGUUUUGUAUAUAUUUCCCAAGAUGUGCACUUGUAUUAUAAUAACCAUUCCCAAUUUUAGGGGAAAUUUGUGCAAUAAAUACAAUAUGUCAGUUUACUUCUGCUACA